AUGGGUGAUAAACCUCACUGGGCCUAUCCUUUCGAACAAAAUCAACAACAAUAUUUAGCACCUCCGGGAACACAACCUACUGAUUAUACUAGGGUUACCACCACACCACCUUGGUAUACCCCAACUUUACCAACAUCGGUCCCUUAUCAAAAUACUGCCUAUAACACAGCUUCAUUUGACGCUAAUAUGUAUUAUCAACCGCAACCUUUUGGAAUUUAUCCAACCACCAAUACAACAACAACAGGAAUUUAUCCAACCACCAAUACAAUAACAUCAACUUAUCCAACAUAUUCUGUACCAGAAACACCUCCACUUCCUUCCACAUUUUCCUCUCAAAACAAUACUUCUACUGUUCAACUUACCUAUACAUCUGAUCCCAUCGCAUCGUCAAAUAAUACCAUGAUUGGAAAUGAAGAAAUUUCAAAAACUACAAAUGAAGUUUUUCAACAGACAACUACUGGAUUUGCCAAUUUAAAAGUAAAUCAAAAUAAUAUAAAUCUUAACGAUGGCGAUGCUGAAGAUCAAAAAUCAAGUGUACUACAUGAGACAGAUUGGACUAAAGUUGAAUUACCACAAAGUUGCAAAACACCAAGUUAUAAUAAUAUACCUAAGGAAAGUGAAAAACGAAAAAUUAGUGAUGAGUGCAGUGAAUCUCAGAAAAGAGAAAAACGGGCUAAACGUUUUCAAGAACAUGAAAGGAUUGCUAGACCACGUUGGGAACCUCCCGUUAAACAACUAGAUGAAAUAGAUAUGAAAUCGACGGUGGUUGGAACUUGUUUACAAUUGGAAAAACAAUAUUUACGUUUGACAGCUGCACCUGACCCUUCAACGGUUAGGCCUUUACGUAUAUUAAAGCAGACAUUAGAAUUUCUAAAGACCAAAUGGGUCGAAGAUCAAAAUUAUACAUAUAUUUGUGAUCAAUUUAAAUCAUUACGACAGGAUUUAACGGUUCAACACAUACAAAAUGAAUUUACCGUGAAAGUAUAUGAGACUCAUGCUCGAAUUGCACUUGAAAAGAGCGACUUAGGUGAGUAUAAUCAGUGUCAAACGCAACUAAAAGAACUUUAUAGAUUAAAUAUUCCAGGUUCAGUCACGGAAUUCAUGGCAUAUAGACUACUUUAUUUUUUAUAUACGCGAAAUCGGUCAGCAGAACUUACUGAUGAUAUGAAAAGUGAUGAGGCAAUUAAACAUGCAUUAGAGGUUAGAUCUACUCUGGCUACAUCAAAUUUCCAUAAAUUCUUCCAAUUUCGUCCAAAUUUGGAUUUAGAAUUCAUCCGUUCAGAUUUAGCUUUUAGUGAUAUGGAUGAAUGUGUACAAUUUUUAACAGAACAUCAAACUCGAGGUUUUAUUUUAGCUGACAAAACAUUUGACACGAAGAAUGCUCUAAAAGUGAUUGAAGCCUGCAGUAAGAAAUUUGAAAAAGUUGACAUUAAAGGACAAAUUUAA